CAGCAUGUAGGAUAACAUGACAAUGGACUAUGAUGAUAGAUACUUCCAUGGGAAGCCUCAGAAUAGCUUUCAUAAAGCAAUGAACAUCCCUGACGUGGUUGUUUUUCCAAGGUCUCAAGAGGAGGUGUCAAAGAUUGUCAAAUCUUGUAACGAGCACAAGGUCCCUAUUGUUCCCUAUGGUGGAGCUACAUCAAUUGAGGGCCACACGUUAUCCCCUAAUGGUGGCAUUUGUAUCGACAUGACUCAAAUGAAAAACAUCAAAUCAUUAAAUCUUGAGGACAUGGAUGUGGUUGUUGAACCUGGGAUUGGGUGGAUGGAACUUAAUGAGCACCUGGAGCCUUAUGGCCUAUUCUUUCCUCUUGAUCCAGGUCCUGGAGCAACGAUAGGGGGAAUGUGUGCUACACGUUGCUCUGGUUCUUUAGCUGUAAGGUAUGGAACUAUGCGAGAUAAUGUCAUCAAUCUGAAGGUUGUUCUAGCCAAUGGAGACAUCGUCAAGACAGGAUCCCGUGCAAGGAAAAGCGCUGCUGGGUAUGAUCUGACACGUCUAAUGAUUGGAAGUGAAGGGACCUUGGGUGUUAUAACUGAAGUUACUCUACGUCUGCAAAAGAUUCCACAGUACUCAGUGGUUGCAAUGUGUAACUUUCCUACAAUUAAAGAUGCAGCAGAUGUUGCUAUUGCCACUAUGAUGUCGGGCAUACAGGUUUCAAGGGUGGAGCUUAUGGAUGAAGUUCAAGUGAGGGCAAUUAAUCUUGCUAACGGGAAAAAUUUACCCGAAGUUCCUACUUUGAUGUUCGAAUUUAUUGGCACAGAAGCUUAUGCACGUGAACAAACGCUCAUAGUUCAGAAGAUAGCUUCAGAGCACAAUGGCUCUGAUUUUGUUUUUGCAGAGGAUUCUGAAGCGAAAAAAGAACUUUGGAAGAUAAGAAAGGAGGCACUUUGGGCAUGCUUUGCUAUGAAACCAAAUUUUGAAGCAAUGAUAACGGAUGUUUGUGUUCCAUUAUCACGCCUUGCAGAAUUGAUAUCAACAUCUAAGCAAGAGCUGGAUUCUUCAUCUUUAGUAUGCACUGUCAUUGCUCAUGCUGGUGAUGGAAACUUCCACACUGUGAUUCUAUUUGAACCUGACCAAGAGGAACAAAGGAAGGAAGGUGAGAGAUUAAACCACUUCAUGGUGCAUACAGCUUUAGCCAUGGAAGCAGGAACAUGCACUGGUGAACAUGGCGUUGGCACUGGGAAAAUGAAGGUAUUAUUAUUAAACUUACUGAGACUUUUAGCACUGUUGACCCAUUGACUUUAAAGAGAGAAA